CAAAAACGUUGUUGUAACGUUCGUUAGAAAAUUUACGCACGAUAAGUGCGUUAAUUCCAUCAAAAGCAAAGGCUCAAAGAUUUUGGGGCUUAGUGGAGUUGAAUCGUACGAUGAGAUCCGAUUGACAACGUCAUGACACAAAAAUACAUUAUCCUAUUCGUAAUUCUCGCCUGUGUGUCAGUGAAUCUUGGCCAGGUGUACAAAGCAACCGGUGGUAUUGACAACAACAAUGCAGUGGAAGUAGUAGAAUCCGCCGAACCGGAGGCAAACAAGAGUGACUUCAUCACUCAGACUGUCUACGGUUUUCUCGAUUUUACGACGACCAUCGGCAACACCGUGAUGGUCUUCAGUCCCCAGAGUGCACCAGCAGAAGGGGAAAAACCGAGAAGUUCCCCUGUGAUUGAAACGAAGCCAGCGGCUCCAAAGAAAAGCAUCGACAUUCAACCGAGCAAAACCCACAAGAGUGACAAUCAGGGUGAGACGAAAAAGCCAUUGAAAAACACGAAAGUCAUCGUGAGUUCAGUCGUCAACAAAGACCAGAAAAACACCGAGUCUCCAACGCCUUCCACCGAAAAUUCCAAAGGCCCAGUACUAUCAACUGUCGUUCAGGUAGUCUCCGAUGGUGAUAAACCAGUGAAGAAUAAUCUCGCUGAACCAGAAUACGAUUACCUGUCUAAACAACCGACUGAAGUCGUCGACGAGACUUACAAGUUAAUAAACUUGAGGCCCUCAUCGAAAGCUCCCCCCAAGCCUCGACCGUCACCUAAAAAGGAGAAAGAAAAUCCAACGGGACUGGUCACACGACUGGGUGGAACAAUCGUCAAAGAUGGACUCACAACAGUCCACGAGACGUCUGUUCUUGGUACCUAUAUCAAUGGAAAAUACGCCCAAGUUCUCCAGAGUACGUCGAGAAUCCUCAAAGGGGGUGGAACCCCAGUGAUUCCAGAGGGCAAAAUUCGACCCACCAACUCCCAGAGGAUCCUGAAGACCAUUGGACCACAGCAUGGAAAAUUGAAGCCACAAUUGGAGCCAACUCCAGCCCACCAACAGGAGGAAUCUUCUCUCCCGCUUGAAGGACCAGGUCCUAAAACGACGAGGAGGCACUCAGCUCCCCACGCACGUCCGAAAUUCAGGAAUAAAAUCUACGACGAUCUUGAGAAUUAUGAGGCUCCACAACAGCCGAGGAAUCAGGGGAAGAAUCGAGCCACAACACCUAGGCCGAAUUACAAAAACAGAGCAUUGACAACGACAACAACAGAAGCCCCAGUAUCCCGUCGCAGAUCAGGAUUCCGUCCGAGUAACUCCCAGCAAUUCGUCUCUCCCCCAAAACCCCUUCGUCCCAAAGCCGACCAGAAUUCCAAUCAGAGCCCAGUUCCAAAAAUCAAACUGCCACGGACCCAGGGGCGGUGGUCCUACAAGACCACUCCGAAGCCUCGUAUCGCCAUCAGGAAGCAAUCCGACGAUGAGGAGAGAGUCUCAACGCUCGAGCCUGUCUCGAGUGAGCCGACAGUCACUACUGUAACAGAGGAGAAAACUUCAUUGUCUUCCCCCCCUGCACAGAAGAAAAUCCAGGAAGGUGGCACAUACGACGAUGAAUUGGAUCCCAGUGAGACGGAAGAGGUGUCUUCAACGAGUGUCCAGAGUGAUCAAGCACUACCCGAGCCCAAUCUUCCGGUUGAGACCCUCAACGUUGAGAUAUCCACUCCAGCGGACUUCAAUGAUGUUUAUUUUGAAAUUGCAACCAUCAAAUCGCCUUAUGCUUUCCAGGUGGGAACAAUGAAGAACACCCGUUACAUAACAGUAACAUCAACCAUGAAGAAGACAUUCGCGACAGCAGAGCCAUCGACGACAUCAACCCCCACCGAGCCCCUCACCGAGAACAUCCUGGCGAACACUGGAGCAGCGUACGAGUCAUCAUUGCCCCUGGACUCGUCAGUGGCCACCCUGCCAGCAAUAACCCUCGAGUCAGGGCAGGCAACGCCGCCCCUGGAGACCCUCACAGAGACCUUCACGACGACUCAAACCCUGUUGAAAACCCACCUCCUCCCAGUAGUGGCAGCUGGCAACACGUCAACAAUCACUCUGGUGCAGACCUACAACAUCGCCAGGAUGGUGACAGCGACGAAGACGCUGCCCCCUUCAGAGAUCUACCAAUUCAUUCCAUCGAAGACUCUGAAUGAAUUCAACACGAAACUGGACGAGGCUGGAAGUGAACUCCACCUGGAGCUGGACUUUGGUGAUGACGACAGGGAUGACGAAGACAUCCCCAAGAGGGUAGUCGUCCCCAACUCAGAGGCAGACGACCUAGACGUCUUCAGAUCGUCAGGAAAACCAAAGGACGCCCCAACGACGUCUGCUCCAGAGCCCCAGCUGACCCCAGAGCAGGCCCAACAGCUCGCCCUCCUCAAGUACUUCGGCCAGCAACAGCCAGCAGCACCUCAGGUGAUCACAACCUCACGCCCUGUGAUUGUCCUGGAGACUGUUUACGAGUCCCACGUUAUUCCCCUUGUAAACAAUGGAAAUACUGUGUACUCAACACUCUCCAGACCAGUUGCAACAGUACCACGCACAUCGUACGAGUUUGGUAUGUCAACUUUAGCCCCAAUAAUUACCCCCCAGGUGCCGCAAAUACCGCAGGUACCGCUGUUCCAGCAGCAGCCACAGUUCACUGUCACCAGUGCACCCUUUGUCACACAGACACUUGCCACUGUGUCUGAUUCUAGGGUACUCAAGCUGACUUUCGGGGCCAAGACGGCGUAUACCACGCUCUUCUCGACGAAGGUUGUGCCUACUGAGAUCACUACUUAUGUCACUACUACUCUUCCCGUUCAACCUACUGUACCUGCUUUCCCAGGGUACUACCCACCGCCUGUUGGGUAUCCACAAUUUCCCUUUGUUGGGUGAACUUAGAGUUUAGGGGGAAUGGUGGAGCAGGAAUGAAUGGAAGAGGACGAGGUGAUUUGGUGGUGAAGUAGCAAAACGUAAAAGAAUGAGGUGGAUUAUCUCAAAAAUGAGAGUAUUUAAGGAAAGAUAUCAAGAUAUCAGAUUUUUGCUUCCGAAUGGAAGUUUUGUAAUCGGUUGAUUUUACGAUUCUCUAAUUUUAGUUGGAAAUGACUUGAAAUGUCACGAACCGUCGAGAUAUGAUGUUUUUAGAGAAUGUGUACGUCCGUAUGUGCGUACAGAAUUGUGGAAUUUUUAAAGUAAAUUUUUACAGAAAAAGGACUAAAGUGAUAGAUCAAAAUCUGAAAUUUCCAGUCAUAAUUGGUUUUGUUUGGGAGCAUAUCUGGGCGAAUUUUCAGCU